GAUCGAUCGGAAUUCGACCGUGGUUUACGAUUACCACUAUACCGUCUUCGACAAUAUGGAUUGUCAAGGUGGCUCGAAAUACCUCUACGAAAACCACCGUGUCCGCCAUCCCGAUAGCGUCAUCCAGACGGAGUAUGACAACAUCCUCCGCGGCGGCUACCGACGCGUGGGGUCGGCCCCGGACAUGUGCCUGUCGGACUACCCGCCCGACGUGAACCCCGGCUCGGCCGACUGGCAUCCGAUCAUCGGCGACCGCAAGAUCCUCAGCCUGAUGGUCUACGCCUACUGCCAGAAGACCAACGCCGAGUGCAGCGCGCAGCUGUUCAAGGUCAAGCUCGGGGUGAUGCGCGAGUACGAGGGAGACGAGCGCGGCCCGGACGGCGAGAUCGACCACCACGCCAUCGACAACAACGACAUGUCCGUCUCGGACCACCACCACGGCGAGAUCAUCCAGCACCAGGUCGAGAACGAAGACGUCUCGAUCGUGGCCGAGCAGAAAAUCAAUUACAUCCACGUGCAGGGCUUCCAGGAGGACGUGGACAUCGCGAACGCCAAACUCGCGAAGAUCUACGCGGACCGCGACAAAGAGGCCGACCUCCGCGAGAUCGCGACGGCGCAGAGACACAAAGCCAUCAACGCCGCGGACAUUUCAUUCGAGGGCAUGGGGAACGACAAGGGUACGAAUGUCCAUGGGGACAUGCCGCUGCAGAAGAUCUACGAGGUCAUGGAAGCCGCGGGGAUACACGAGGAUGCCAAUUUCCCAAAGGAAGACAAGGUACCCUACGGCGUCGGGCAUUGAGAUGUCCGGUACUACUUUUUGAUAUGUCCAGUACUUAAAAAAAAUGGGUUUACUGGACAUGGACAGCGCUUGCUCGGUUUCGACGAGAACUAAAGUGGCUUUUUUCGAAGAAUCCAGUACCAAAUAUUCAACGGGACGAUAAGCAUAUAAAGGCGUUUUGUAAAUCGUACUGUCGAAUGAAAGACCGCUAGAAAGAUAUCUCUAAACUAAUCGACGAUACG